AGAAGUUUGCACCGACCUGCUGCUGCUGCACCUAUGAGUCUCCACGUAAAUGAAUAGCCGCGGCCCGCGCGAGACAAACGAGCCGAUUAUGCCGAGAUAAAGAGCAUCUGACUCGCGCUCCGUCCGAUAAUGGCACGCGAUGGUUCACCCGCGGAGGAUUUCCCGGACAAAGUGAUGCCCAGAGCAGCUCCGUGCACGUGCAACAAGAAGUGCAGGAGUCGGAGCGGCAGUGUCGUCUUCCUGGGAUUAUUCCUGCUGUCGCUGUGUCUGCACGCUGUCACCCUCGUCUGCUAUUUGGAUCUGCGGUCCGAAGUCAAAAGGGAAAUUAUCCACCAGAAGCGGGACUCCAUGUUGACACUUGCGGGGAGUGACCUGGUUGACCCGGCGGCGGUGCUCUCGCCCGGCCACCCGCGACUGGAGUCCGGCAGCAGCCGCGGCGGAGAGGGUCAUGAGGAGAAGUUACUGCACAGAAACAGUGAAUUCCAUGCCACAGAGGAUAACAGGGGCAUAACUCAGCGAGCGAAAAGGAGUCCCGGCAAGCAGCCAGAAACAGAAUCGACUGGAAGGGAUAAAAGGAAAGAAAAGAAAAAAGGGAAAAAAAGACCAGGCCCCCCUGGUCCUCCUGGUCCCCCGGGCCCACCGGGCAUCCCUGGAAUCCCCGGUAUUCCAGGAAGCAACGCCGUGGGGCCUGCUGGACCCCCUGGACCCCCCGGGCCACAGGGACCUCCAGGGACUCAAGGUCCAGCAGGGGUUCCCGAUAAGACAAAAACAAAGGAAUUCCAGCCUGCAGUGGUUCAUUUGCAAGGGCAGGAGACAACCAUUCAAGUGAGAGAAGAUCUGUCUGAAGGAAUCCUUAGGAACUGGAAGAUGGUGUCCAUCCAUCACCGCGUGUUUAAAAUGCACUCUCGCUCUGGAGAGCUGGAGGUGCUGUUGGAUGGUGUCUACUUCAUAUAUAGUCAGGUAGAAGUGUACUACCUCAACUUCACCGACAUUGCCAGCUAUGAGGUGAUGGUGGACUCCAACCCGUUCCUCCGCUGCACCUGCAGCAUCGAGACGGGCCAGCGCAAGUUCAACACCUGCUACACCGCUGGGGUGAGCCUGCUCCGCGCCGGCCAGAGGAUUUCCAUACGCAUAGUGUAUGAGGACACACUCAUCAGUAUGACCAACCACACCACCUUCCUGGGAAGUGUCAGACUUGGAGAGGCUCCAUCUGCUGGACAGAACUGAUAACUACACAACACACCAGCCCUUCUACAGAAAGGAGAAGUUGCUCACAACGGUCGAAUCAGUAGCAAGCAACUUCUAGCCCAAGUCUUGCCCCCUGUUUAGAGGAAGCUGAAACCCUCGGGAUUAUUAAAGCUGAGGGCGCCCCUGGGUGACUUUUGUCCACUUUCACAGCUCUGUAUUGAUUCUGUGCAAAGAGAUCAGCCUCGAUGAGCCAAAUGUCCUCGUCAAACAAACAUUUCUAUUUAUGGCCACCAUUUUGUGUCAACACAGACGGCAUCUCUCUUUAUAACAAGGAAGGACACUGCGCUGACAUAUACCUAAUAUUUACAUAUUUUAAAGUGCUGUUGAAUGAUAAUCUUGUAUCUCCAAAAACACCAUCUAUUCAAAAUGUUGUAUUUGCAGUUUGUAUAGUUGGCCCUUUUUAAUUAAUUUAAUUAUAUUAUCAGUUAUAAGUAAGUGGUUUAACAAGGGGCUUAAAGCUCCAUAUGCCCCUGGGUUAUAAACAUGAUUAAAAGAUCAUAUAUUUGUUCAAAGCAAGUAUAAAGGUAUCUAUGCAAGGCUGAGAAAAAUCAAUUAAAAUUGGAGUUAUAAGGUAUUCACAGAGCAACAGCACUAUAUAUUUUGCGCACAUUUGCACUACAGCAUCCCUGCAGAAUAUCAGUGAUAUGUUUUGUUACAGUGCUAUUGUUUAGUUACCGUAUGAAUGAAUCCAUGUGGAAAAAUGAUAGUUGUUUAUACGUCUUUGUACAUAUUGUAUAUAAAAGGGAUAUACUUUUGUAAAUGGAGUUGAUUGAUGGAUUAAAAUGUUUCAUUUUCUGUCUAAA